UCAGCUACCAUGCAGCUAUUGUGCAGCCUCCUGGUCCUCUCCGGCCUCUGCUGGGGCCUCAGCACCAGCCAAUACGCCCCAGACCUUAUCACCUCCCUGCCCGGCCUGGCUGAGCUGCCCAACUUCAAGCAGUGGUCUGGCUACCUCCAGGCCGGCUCUGACAAAUACUUCCAUUACUGGUUUGUGGAAUCCCAAGGAAACCCUGAGUCCGACCCCUUGGUGCUUUGGCUCAAUGGAGGCCCUGGUUGCAGUUCCAUGGAAGGCUUAUUGGCAGAGAAUGGCCCCUUCAGGAUAAAUGAUGAUGGUUCCCUCUACAUGAACCCCUAUAGCUGGAAUCUAGUGGCUAAUGUGCUGUACCUGGAGUCACCAGCUGGAGUGGGUUAUUCCUACUCCUCUAGCCAGAACUAUAAAAUUAAUGAUCAGCAGGUGGCGGCUGAUAAUUACCAGGCCCUUCAGAGCUUCUUCGCCAAGUUCCCCAGCUUCACCAGCAAUGACUUCUAUGUGUUCGGAGAGAGCUAUGGGGGGGUCUACGUGCCCUCUCUCAGUGCUCAGAUUGUUAAGGGUCCAGCUUCCAUCAACUUUAAGGGCUUUGGUGUAGGGAAUGGAAUGAACAACUACCAGCUCAACGAUGAGACGCUGAUUGAGUUUGGUUACUACCAUGGUAUCAUUGGAGACAACCUCUGGGAGUCCCUGAACACCUAUUGCUGCUCCGAGGGCGUCUGCAACUUCUAUAACAACAACCAGGACCAGUGCCUAGAUUCCUUGAUGGAGGCUUACAGAAUGAUCCAGGGUGUGGGUCUCAAUAUCUACAAUCUGUACUCGCCUUGUUGGGGGGCAACGGGAUACCAGGAGCGCUAUGCGGCUGACAUGAGCAACCUGUAUCGCCAGUACCAGUUCAAUGUGGCUGUCCCGCCCCCUGGAGCCCCCAUCCCAGGAGUUCCCCAGUGCAUCAAUGCCACGGCUAUGUAUGUGUGGAUGAACCAGAACAAUGUGAGACAGGCCCUCCACAUCCCUGGAUUCCUUCCUAACUGGGAACUUUGCAAUACCCAGGUGACUUCUCAAUACCAGAGGCAAUACAUGGACAUGGCUCCCUUCUACCAGGAGUUACUGCAGAGCGACGUCCGUAUCCUGGUGUACAAUGGGGACACUGACAUGGCCUGCAACUUCUUGGGAGCAGAGAAGUUUGUGGAGUCCUUGAAUCAGCCUGCGAUGACCACCUAUCAGCCCUGGUACUAUCAAAGGCAGGUUGCAGGAUUCUUCAAGGAAUAUGAGCAAAUCACCUUCCUUACUGUCAAGGGUUCUGGACACAUGGUUCCCCAGUACCGACCAGCUCAGGCUCUGAAGAUGUUUGAGUGUUUCCUCAAGAACACCACAUACCUGUGAUCUUACCCUGCUGCUGGUACUUCCCAGGAUGCUUAUUACUAAUCCUGAUAGCAGGCCUGGAGUCCUUGAAAAGCACCAUGUUUCUCCAAAUGAAUAACUCUCUGCAAGUUUUCAAGGACCAGAAAAAAUUUCAAUUUCUACAAUAAAAAGUUGUUUCCAAA